GAGUUGUUAUAAAUUUUUCUCUUUUCACAGGACAUUGGCUCUCUGGAUUAUCAGGAGUUUGUAGUUGACAUUGAGUCCAAGCUGAGGAUGGAAGGUGUAGAACUUAAGGAAGAAUGGCAAGAUGAAGAUUUUCCAAUACCAUUACCAGAAGAUGAUAGUAUUGAAGCAGAUAUAUUAGCUGUAACUGAACCAGAGAACCAGCCUGGCUCACUAGAAGUUAAUGGAAAUAAAGUAAGAAAGAAACUAAUGGCUCCAGACAUUAGCCUGACCCUGGAUCCUAGUGAUGGCUCUGUGUUGUCAGAUGAUUUGGAUGAAAGUGGGGAGAUUGACUUAGAUGGCUUAGAUACACCAUCAGAGAACAGUAAUGAAUUUGAGUGGGAAGAUGAUCUUCCAAAACCCAAAACUACUGAAGUUAUUAGGAAAGGCUCAAUUACCGAAUACACAGCAGAGGAGGAAAAAGAAGAUGGACGACGCUGGCGUAUGUUCAGAAUUGGAGAACAGGACCACAGAGUUGAUAUGAAGGCCAUUGAACCCUAUAAGAAAGUUAUCAGUCAUGGAGGAUAUUAUGGGGAUGGAUUAAAUGCCAUUGUUGUGUUUGCUGUCUGUUUUAUGCCUGAAAGUGGUCAACCUAACUAUAGAUACCUGAUGGACAAUCUCUUUAAGUAUGUUAUUGGCACUUUGGAACUAUUAGUAGCAGAAAACUACAUGAUAGUUUAUUUAAAUGGUGCAACAACGCGAAGGAAAAUGCCUAGUCUGGGAUGGCUCAGGAAAUGCUAUCAGCAAAUUGAUAGAAGGUUACGGAAAAACCUAAAAUCUCUAAUCAUCGUACAUCCCUCUUGGUUUAUCAGAACACUUCUGGCUGUUACAAGACCGUUUAUUAGCUCAAAAUUCAGCCAAAAAAUUAGAUACGUCUUUAAUUUGGCAGAACUAGCGGAACUUGUCCCCAUGGAGUAUGUUGGCAUACCAGAAUGCAUAAAACAAGUUGAUCAAGAGCUUAAUGGAAAACAAGAUGAACCAAAAAGUGAACAGUAAGUUUGGCAUCUAGUCCAAACAAGAUUGAAGAAUGUGCUGAUGAAGCAGUGCUCUUUUUUGCAUUUACAAUGCAUUUAUUGGCCCUGAUUUUUAUGUAACCUGUUACAAAAUCGACUUGACUUUUUCUCAAUGGACUUUUGUAUAAGGGACUGUUCACUACUGUUUUGGUUUAUAAAUCUCUUGAAUUUAGCUCUUUACUAGCUAAUGAUAAUGUAAUCGUUUUAUAUUUUAUAUUGCUUAAAGCAGAGAUCCACACUUUAUAUAAAGUGGUUUUUGCAUUUGUUUAUUGAAUGAUGCGUCUUCUUCAGUAAAAUAUUUAUAUGCCUAAUUGGUCAAGGAAAGAGAUAAUAUAUAUUUUUAUGUUUUGAGCAAUAUUUUUUAAUGUAUACCUGUCUUUUGGAAGAAUAUGCAGAUAAAUAAGACCAUGAUUUUGUAAAGUGCAUGUUAGAAUUUUUGUGUUUUAUAGAUGACUAACUACAUUUCUUGGGUAACUUAAAAAAACGAAGUGGCUCAUAAGGUUAGGGACAAUUAAACUGGUUCUCAUGAAUACCCAAAGGUCAUGCAUAUAAUCUAAGUAGAUUAGUACCAUCCUAAGCUUUUUUAAUCACUUAACAUAUAUUGUUCCUUAAUUCAGAAGCACAAUUACAAGUGUAAUGCACACUUUUUCCUUUUUAAACUUAAAGACAACUUAAAAAGCCAGUUUUAGAACUGGAGAAUUUAAGAGGGUAAGAAUUGAUGUUUGUACAUAUAUGUAUAUAUAUGGGACAUUUUAUUUUCUGGCCAAAAGACAGACCUUUAUAAAAAUCUUAGAUUUGUUCACUAAUGUGAAAUAAGCUGCUUCCAGGGUAUCACUGUUGUGAAUUUGUGUGGGUGCAGUGUACUAUUCAGAGAACAUGAUGAGUUAUUCACUGUCACUACUUUUUUGUAGAAAACAGGAGCUGCUUUUUUAAUUGCUCCCAAUGUGGGCACUUUACCAUAAUACUUCCAUAUCAGUUAUUUGGACUUGGUAGGUAGUCAGAUACAGUAUGUUUUCACAUUUCUAUAAGUUAAGCUAUUUUCUAAAUCAUAGAGCAUCAUUGUAUUAUACUGUUUUGGAUGACACAUUUGAUAUAGCAUAUAAACUCCUUGUUUAAUUUGGUAAAUACCUUGACUCUACAUUGAAAUCAAUUGUACUUAUGCCUCGAAAAAGAACUAAAUUUACCCACAAAGUCAUCCUAAAAGCCGAUUGGUCUAAUGUUGUGUCAUAUACUUGUGUGACUCAUACAUUUGGUAAACUCCAAAUUUGAGGGUCACAUCACAUUCCAGUCCUUCUUAUAAGGUAAUUUACAAGAGUGUCCUGGAGUAGCAUAAUUGAAGUGGAUGAGAGCUAAACUUUUAAGAUUCAUUCUAUUCUGGACUGAAGACACAUGUGGCUUUUACCAUUUCUGCUUUUAGUAUAAAGUUCCUAUUACAAAAGGGAAUUUUUCUUUACCUUUUGUGCUCUUCAGUCAUAAAUUUGCAUGCUAACUUAAAUCCAAUUAAGGGGGAUGUUGGAGGAUUCCCAGGAUGAGAUGCCCUCAGUUGCCUCCUGACUUGACUUGGAUCCAGCAGUUAUAGGCAGAUCCCAAACUAAUGUCACUAUAGUGAAUAAAAUCAAACCCUAUUGCUUGCUUAAAUGUUAGAAACACUUUGUACUGAAACACCAAAUUAACAUUAAUUUAGGUAUUCCUUCUGACUUCACUAUAUAAGGAUGAUGAGAAUAAAGGAUAAUACUGAAUUUAAUUGUGAUUAGAAUCUAUAUUUGUAGAGUGCUUUAGCCUUUUAUCUACAAGUCUUCAUCUGGCUCAGAAUGGGCUGAGCUUUAUUAAAAUGGGUGGUUUUCCUCUACAUCAAGUACCCCGUUCAGUUUCAACUUUAUUAUGUUUAUUGACUUUUCCUUUUGUAAGCAUUGUUUCUAACUACAGAUCCAACUUGUUACAAAAAUGAUGUGUUCUUUAAAUAAUUUUUAAAAGUAGAAUUAGCCUGUAUUCUAUUAGAACAUUAAGAUUCAGAAGGUACAGUGAUAACACUGGAAUAUAACAAAAGGGAUGUGCUGUGAGUCACUAGAUUCAAAGGAUACCUGCUCUCACCUACACCUUAAUGGAAUCUGGUAUAGGGACAUGCCCCAUAAUAAAUGUUUCAUAAUUGUAAGACUUAAGACUUAAGUAGGUUAGAAGAAAAGCAUUUAUUAAAUUUGUAAUUUGUAGUUAUGUUAACAUUUCCCCCAAAGCAUUCAAUUUUAAUUUUACACUGUCGAUAGGAACAAAGUACAGAUAUUUAUAUUAUUUUAUCUUCCUGCUGGGGUCAUGGAUCUAACUUAACUGGUUUAAUUUGAUGGUUCUUUCACUUUUUGUGUUAUACUUGGGCUCUGAGUGCCUUUUUUUAGUCAGUAGUUUCUCAUAUAAAGUAAUUUGUGUUCUACUUGGUUAUAUUCCUAAGUACCACCAAGGAAAGAUGCUAUAUUGACCCCAUAGUUUAAGCUUAAUAGUCUUUAACUCUGGAAAUUGGGGGAUAGGUAAUAAAGAAAUAGGAUUCUAAGUAGAGCCCAGCAGGUAGUUGGAAAAGGUAACAAAACAAGGAAGUAAAAGAAAGAAAACUAUGAAGGGGUGAAGAGUUAGCUGUUACCUAAGAUGCCACUGAAUGUGUCCCUGUUACAUUCAGUACUGGCAGCUGUUGGUACCAUUUUGUGUAUCCAGCAGGAAAACCUACAUGCUACACACAGAAUAUGUGAAGGGGGAAAGGCUGAUACUUAUAAUGAUAAUUCAUAUUUUCUUCUGCUAUGUCCCUUCAUACAGAAGCAAGUUUGAACAAAGAGGGUCAGCAAUUUAUAGUGCACAAGUUAAAGUUUAGGACUAGGUUAUUUUUCAUAUGUCAUGGUUGGUAAAUAUUAAUGUAGUCUUCCAAAAUAGACAUCACUAUUUAGUAACUGCACUGAAUACUGAAAUCUGUUGAUUGACAAGUAUAUUUUGUUAGAUAGGAAUUCUUCAACUGAAAUUCCAGAAUUUAAAAAAGUAAGAGGUCUGGUUUUUGAUAGAGACUUUGUAAAUGGCUCAAUAAUGUUGCUAUUUGGCUGUUUUUGUGAGUGCUCAGGGAAUUUGAAAGUGAUUUAAUGCAAGCAGUGGCUUUUUAGAUUUCUUCAGUUGAUAGAUAAAUUAGCAUUAGGAUAUGUCGGAUAGAAUAGGCCAGUUUCCUAAUGAGAUUGGUAAGGUUGUAUAUAAUGUGACAGCAGCUUCAUUUUCCCUUUUCCUGUGUCAUAUGGAAAAUUGCUAAUAUGGUUCAACCAGAAGGGAGGAGGGGAUAGGCUAAAAAUAAGAGAUUGCUACCCCAUUUUAUUUUGUUUUCAUGCAUAUAUUUUCCCCAUCAUAUUUAGAUUUUUGAGAAAUGGAUUACAAUUCUCAGAAGGAUGGGAUGGGUAGAGGAAUUACUGUACUUACAGUAAUAGACCAAUUAUUCUAUUAGAUUUUAUCUUGUCAUAGGGAAUAGGAAUUAUAUCAUUUGAGCCGCUGAGAGAGUCAAGAAUUUAGACUAUCUACUCAAUGUUCUAAGCACAGAAGAAUUACCUACUAGCCUUUAACUCCCCUCUUCCUGUCCCAAGAUUCUGAAUGAAUUCGAGUUAGACCAAUGGUGAGUCCCUGUAAUGCAAUUUUCCUUUAAAGUUAUAAAUAGUAAUUGAAAAUAAGGUAAUGUGUUGAGCAGUAAGGAGUGACACUAAAAUUUGAACAGAACUGUAACUUUGUUGUAUAUGACAGCUACUUAAUAUUUUAUGUUUUGAGAACUACUUUAAAAAAUGCUACAAAAAGUUCACAUGAAGCACUUAAUAAAUCAAACACCAGAUGAAAAUCAAGGUUUAAUGCUUUCAAAUUAAAGAAUUAUAGUAAGCUGUCCGUUUCAGAUAGCUGUCUGAUUCUGUCUUAUAAGACAUUCUACAAGAAGCUAAGACAUUUGCAUUUAAAAAUUUUGUUUUCAUAUUCUUUGUGGAUAAGGAGGAACUUGGAAAACAUAAAUUAGCUACUCCACUGCCCUUUUUGUAUAUGGACUUUCUAAAGUUUGCCCCUUAAACAGUUUAUUUACAUACACCUAGCUAGUAAAUACUGGUGCUGUUCAAGGCCACUAACUUGCAUAGCCCUUGGGGCAUUAUUCAAAUAGAACAAAAUUCAGGGUUUGUUCAAUACUAACACACUUUGAUAUGUAUUUCAAAAAUUCAAACAUUUUUCUUAUCAUUGGUUCACAUGUUGCCAUUUAAACUAAAUUAAUGUACUGUGAUAAUUUUACUACUAUUCAGAUGAUUUUGCCUAGCUUAGUGCUUUCAUUUUACAGUGUUUGAGAAAUUCAGUUCUGAUUGGUGGCUGUGUGUGCAAGAUGUUUAUGUGGUCCCUGUAAGAAAUACUAGGGUUGGUAUUGAUUCACUAAGGAGAUGUAAUAUUUUAUUUAGGAAUACAGUAACUUGUGUCCUGAUCUGUUGCACAUCGUAUUUUUGCAACGUUAAUGAAUUUAAAUAAAUUAAUUGGAAAGUU